UUAUAGUCUUUCACAGAAGAGACAUUUUAUACAUUUUAUUUACUUUUAGAACAAAUCAAUUUUUUAACCAAAUUCACAGUUUAAACAACAAUGUCGUCGCUGCCCAACAUCGUGAUGCCAUCUCCAGAUACAGCAGAUAAUCAUCGUGAUGGCAUCGGAGAUAGCUUUCCAGAGAAACUGCCCAGUCCUUGCAACUCCAAGGAACAUUUCUUUGAUGUGUCUGAAGGAUCAUCCAAUGCUUCGUGCCCAUCGUUUAAAGCCAUUAGCAAAGCAUGGAAGAACCGCGAGAAGACGCCAUCGAGUGUGCGUCUAGAAAGCAUCAUAGCUGAGAUGGAGGACCUUAAAUUAGAUGAAAUGGUAACUUCACACGAAGCUGAAGCUGUGACCAAUAAUCCAGCUAAACGUCUAUCCUUGUGCGUCAUGAUGGAAGGUCGAUCGUUGCAACUCACCGACAGCAGCGAGGAAAGUAUUCCGAAGAGAGAAAUGAAGAUUCCACAGCGAUACUUUGACCCCGAAGAAAUACGUCAGGCCUUUGCCAUCUUCAAGCUUUGCGAUGAGAAUAACGAUAGUUUUAUUGAGCUUCCCGAACUUAAGCUAGCCUUAGAGCGUCUCUCGGUGCCCCAAACCCAUCUGGCUGCGAAGGAAAUCAUGGCGGAGGUUGUGGGUGCAAACGAAACAAAGAUGAAUUUCUGUCAAUUCCUACUCACAUAUGCAGCGACAAUGGAGAAUCGUAAAAGAGAAGUGAACACACUGAAACGUGCGGACCCGGAACUUAGCACUUCAACGGAUUCGGUUGAUGUUUCCGAGGUGGGCGUGAAGGGAGCAAAGUUGUUCUUUGAGGCCAAGAUAGCAGAGAAGUUGCCGCCACCAACCAUAUAGGAAAGAGUCCGAAAUAUCAAUAGUUUGUCGAAAAUUCACUUUUUUUGCUGUCGGCUUUUAAAUCACCCGACCUUGCAUUGAGGCGAGUCGCAUAAAUCACGUUUCAAUAAAAAAAAAUGUAAGAAAACGAACAAACUUAA